AUAUUCACAAAAAAUGAAUUUUGGCUGGGAACAUUACAAUAGAGACCCACGUUAUCGCCCACCAGGAAACUCUCCACCAAUGAAUCCGUCACCACACCGAGAGUAUUUUCCACCGAUCUCAGGAAACCAAUAUAACAACUAUCGUAAUGUAUAUAAUAAUAAUAGAUAUCAGGAUGAAAGAGAGCCUGGUUGGGUAAGAGAAAGGAGUCCUCCUCCUUACUCUAGAGAGAGAGAACGUGAAAGAGAUAAUAGACAUCGUGAUAAUAGAGAACGUAAUAGCUCAUAUCGUGGAAACAAUAUACCACCACAAGCUCAUUAUGAUCGAGAUGGUGGUGGUGGUCAACAUAACCCUUAUGAUUAUCGUGAAUUUCAUCAUCACAGAAAAAGAUAUUCGAGAGAAUGGGAUUUUCGUCAUCCUCAUGAUCUCAGAUAUGAUCAUAAUAAACCCUUAAAAAUAUCUAUACAAAGACAUUUUAAGGACAAAGAUGAUUUAAGCAACAGAAAUUAUUUUCAAAAAGUAAAUGAAAAUCAAAAAGGUGGUUGGACAGGUUGGCGAAGUAUUGAACCUGGUUUUUGUGUAUCAUCAAGCAGAGAUCAGGAAAAUAAUGAAUCAUUAUCAUCUCAAGAUGAUGAUUUUGGUGAUGGUAAUAGUACUGCAGCUGCUGAUUUAUCAGAAAAUAUAAUAGACCAAUCCCAAGAUAUGGAAAUUAGUUCUGGUGAUACUGAUAUGCAACAGCAAUUGUCUUCUCAAAUAAUAGAUAAUCCAAGAACAACAAAUAUGACAGCUAGUUCUGAUCAAUUUAAAUCAAUUGAAGAGUAUGUUAAAACAAGUGAAAGACUUAAUGCUGAUUAUGAUGAUGAUGAAAAUGCUAAAAAUAAUAAAGAAAAUAAUAGUGUAAAUACUGAUUCAAUUGGAAAAGAACAAUUCAAUGUAGAAAAUAAAAUCAUUACAAUUGAUGAAAAUAAAGAACCAAAAGUUUAUGAUGAUAAUAAUGCUUUUGAACAAAGUUUUAAUAAUAAAAACAAUAAAAAUAAUAACAACAAUAAUAAUCUGGUAGCAGGUAUUCAACCAAAUAAUAUUCCUGAAAAACAGUUGCAACAAGAAUCAUCAAAAACUUUAUUUUCAUCAACGGUUAAUAAAGUCCCAUCAUCACCAUCAUCUGCACAAUUAAAAGAACAUACUGUUGAAAAUAAUUCUAUUGGUGCACAACUUGAACAUGUGGAAGAUGAGCUCGAUUAUUAUCAAAAUCUUUUAAGCAAAAUUCAAAAGCAGCGUGAAGAAAAAAUGAAACUAAAUAGUAAUAAUCAGAAGACAAUGAUAGAUAAUGAUGAAAAUUUGAAAAUUGUUCAACAAAAUGUUACCAAACCACAAAUGGAAAAAAGUGCAAGGAAUAGAAUUUCAACUAAUAAAGAUUCUGAAACUUUUAAAGAAAAUACCCAUCCUGCUUAUCCUUCAAAUGAAAUAACUUCAUCUAAUAAUAAUACUGAAAAUAUAAAAACUUGUCAUAUUAAAAAAGAAAACCCGGGAACGUCAGAAUCCUCCCAAACAUCUAAUGACGAACCUCAAUUAUGGGAGGGUAUUUAUGCUCAAAAUAAAGAAUUUUUGAGGAAAAGAGUUAAUUCUAGAUUUUCUGAAGGCUCAGAUAAUUUGUUGCUAGGACCUGUGAAAUUGUAUAACAAUAUAGAUGAUUAUCCAUUCUUUCAACAAAAUACUGAUAGACAUAGUCAAUUAAAAGCAUUUUAUAUUUCAAAUUGUUCGAUCGAAGAUAAAUCAAAAGAAGCAAGCUUACAACAAGAAUGGAAGGCAUUUUUUCAAGCUUGGAAGCAGAAUGUUGAAAAUUCAGUUAGUUCCAAAGGAAAAUUAAAACAAGAUGAUGAUAGUGGGUCUACAGUUGGGUUUGCAGCAAGAUGGCCAGUCAGACAUAACAGGGGAAAACGUAGAGUUGAUGUUAUUAGAUCUGAUGCAGAAAUGCAAGAUAUAUUAAAUCAGUUUGCUGAAGCAGAACGUAUAGCUAAAACAUGGGCAAAAAUACCACCAAUGAUAUUGGGCGAAAAAAGAAGAGAGUAUUCAUGUAUUAUUGACAACAAUUCAUUUGUUUUAGAUCCUGUCACAUUUUAUGAAAUCAAUGUUGAUUUUAAUGCUAAUUGGACAAUUCAAGAAAAAGAAAUUUUCUAUGAACAAUUUAAAUUAUAUCCAAAGAAAUUUGGAAAAAUUGCAGCGGCAAUUGAAAAUAAAUCAUCUAAAAAUUGUGUUUUAUAUUAUUAUCAGAACAAAAAAGCAUUAAAUUUAAAAGAAUUAAUUCCAAAAAAUGGCCGAGGUCAACGGAUGCUUACAGCAAAUAGUGAAAACCCAUUUCAAAACCAACAAGGGUUAGCAAUGGCAGGUCAACCUGACGUUGGUAUUGAUGAAGCAGCACGCAAAAGUAGAUUAAAACAAAAUGAAAUUAUGGAUGGCAGUGGUGGUAACAAGGAUGGUGUUGAUGACGGUUCAGGUAAAAAAACAACCACAGGUGAUGGUCGUACUACAACAGGGUUGAAAGAAAAAAAGAUAUCAUCUUACUGGAAUAAAAAAGAAAUAAACCAAUUUGAACAAUCAUUGAAUCUCUAUGGAAGAGAUUUUAAAAGAAUUUCUGAAUUUAUUAAAACCAAAUCUGAAGUUCAGGUUAAGAAUUAUUACGAAAAACAAGUUAAAAAUGAAGAAACUUCUGUUGUUAAUCAGAGAGCCACCAAUAUUCAAAAUAACUUUUUGUCAUCAACAUCUGAACGAAUAAUGACUACAAAAUUGCCAAAUAUAGUAAAUUUAUCAUCAUCACAUACAUCGUUACAUGCUACGCAAGGACAUCAUAAUGAUUCUGAGUCACAAAAACCAAUGAAAAUAUCAUCAACUCCACCUGCAACAAAGAUUUCAUCAUCAAAUGAAGGAAACAAGCAAAAUAUUCUUUCUCCAAUCUCAUCAUUAACUACAAAGUUACCACAAUAUAUGACUUCUAAUCAAACAAUUUCUUCACACCAUCAUACACCAACACCUCAAUCUCAGUCAAUACCUCCAAUACAACAUAUUCAUCAACAAAAAGAUGCGGAUGCACAAAUGGAUGCACAAAGAAGGCAACAGCAGCAGCAAACAUUUUUCCCAUUAAUAACUGGCAUUAUGCCUAGUACAUCAAAUCAACAACAAUCUCAAACCAUUUUUCAACAAGCUCAUCCACAACAUGUAUGGGUUGACCAACCUUCACGAAUGCCUUGUUUCAUGCCACCUCAACAAGCUCAUCAACAGGCACAGGCACAGGCUCAUCCACAACAAGCACAUCAGCAACCUCAUCAACAGAUGCAUCAAAAUUUGCUGCAACCUCUUCACCAACCACAGGUACACCUUCAACAACAACAACAAACACAUCAUCAACAUCAGCAGCAGCAACAACACACAACACUUCCUCAACCAACAUCAAGCAACCAACAUCACUUUCUUCAACAACAACAAUUUCAUCAUCAUCAUCCGCAACAACCGCCACCGCCACCGCCACCAUCAUCACAACAACAACAAAAAAACAACAAGUAUCAUGAGUAUGAUGCAUCUAAAUUGUAUGGUGGUAGUCAAAAUCAAUAUGAUCGGUGUGAUGCAUCUCUUCAACUCAUGGAAAAGUUUUUUUUGCUAGACAUGUCCAUAAGAAGAAGAGAAGGCGGUACCACUGAGUAUAAUAACAAUAGGUCUAUAUCGCCUUCUGCCUUCCAACAUAGCCAAUUAAACUUCAAGCACCAGAAUUGGACAGCACUAUAA